AAUGUAACCAUCGUCUGAUAAAGUAUAUCGUUAAUAUUGUGUUAUAAAUAAAAAACUAAUAAAAAUACUUACAAUUUUUAAAUCCUUUAUUUUGUUUAAUUUAUUUUUUUUGUUGUUGACAAUGGAUAAUUUGACUUAUAAUGUCAUAGCUGCAAUAUCAAAAAAUGGUGGAAUUGGCUACAAAGGUGAUCUUCCAUGGAGACUUAAAAAUGAAAUGGAAUAUUUCAAUCGGAUGACCAAACUAGUGAAUCGAGAAGGUGCUCAAAAUGCAGUUAUAAUGGGUCGUUGUACUUGGCAGUCAAUACCUGAUAAAUAUAGACCACUAAAAGGAAGAUUAAAUGUAAUAAUAUCUAAUACUUUGAACAGUUUACCAGAAGGUGUUUUAUUGUACCCUAAACUUACAGAUUCAUUAAAAGACCUUAGUACAAACAAUCAGGUAGAAAAAAUUUGGGUAAUUGGUGGCUCAGGUUUAUAUAAUGAAGCAGUAAAAGACAAAAAUUGCAAAUAUUUAUAUAUUACAAAGAUUGACCAGGAAUACUUAUGUGAUGUUUUUUUCCCAAAUAUUGAUCUUAAAGAAUUUGAAGAAAUCAUUGAAUCUGGUGUUCCUAAAGGAAUUCAAGAAGAAAAUGGUAUCCAAUAUGAAUUUAAAGUAUAUAAGAGAUUGUGAUUAUCAAAUUUAAGUAUAUUAAUAAUA